AUGACAUUACGUCCGAAAUUGUAUGGGCUGCCGAAGGUACACAAAGCUAACGUGCCCUUGCGACCAAUCGUAAGUCAAAUCGCCUCACCUACUUACGACCUGGCAAAGCAUGUAGCAUCGGUGUUGCAGCCGCUUGUGGGUAAAACGUCGUCCUUUGUGAAAGAUUCUCGUCACUUUGUGGACAUUCUGAAGGAUGUUAAGCUGGAACCAGAUGACAUAAUGGUGAGUUUUGAUGUCGAGUCGCUUUUCACCAAUGUUCCAGUUAAGGAAUGUCUUGAGGUAGUUAGGACAAGGCUAGCUGACAAUGAGAUACUGGAGUCGGUCAUGGUGUUAUUGCGAAACUGUCUAGAAGGGAGCUACUUUUUAUAUCGACAAAAGCAUUAUCUCCAGAUUGACGGAGUUGCUAUGGGCAGCCCGGCGGCGCCGGUUUUAGCAAAUAUCUGGAUGGAGCAUUUUGAGGCAAACAUAGACCUGCAACCAUGGGCAGUGAAGUUAUGGAAGCGGUAUGUCGAUGAUGUCUUUUGUAUCAUGAAGGGUGGCAAGCAAGAAGUUGAGCAAUUACUCCAGUAUCUCAAUUCCAUUCAUCAGAAGGUGAAAUUUACGUAUGAAUUGGAAUCAGAUCGAAGUUUGCCUUUUCUGGACAUAAAAGUGAUAGGUCGGAUGGAUGGAUCCUUGGCGCACACUGUCUACAGGAAGCCUACUCACACAGAUAGAUACCUCAAUGCUCAGUCUCACCACCACCCUCGUCACCUACUGUCCGUCGUUAAUUCCCUAAAGAACAGAGCACAUGACCUUUGUGACCCUGAAUUUUUAGAGAGUGAGAUGUCACACAUUCAGGAGGUUCUUAGGAAGAAUGGGUACAGGGUGGAUUGUCGGCAACCGAGACGAAAGCCUGCGAAGAAGCAUCCGAAUGUUGCAAGACGACCGGCAUUUAUGCCCUAUGUCAAGGGAGUGACAGACAAGGUUGGUACCAUACUAAAUAAGUAUUCGAUACAGACUGUGUACAUGCCGUUGUCGAGGGUGGCGGGGCAACUAAGAGGUGGAGGUAAUCGUCAUCGUAUGCUGCCAGGGGCUGACAACUGUUGUUGUGCAGAAAGGACAAAACCAAUAACAGCAGCGGCGCAUUUAUCUUAA